AUGGCCUCCACCGAGCCUGCAUAUGUGGCGAUUGCCCAGCGCAAGCAAGCCAAAUUGGCUGCUGCUAUUCCAACGCAAUGGAAACUUCCUGCACAGUUCAUUCCUGCGGGGAUGCUCACGCCAGCCGAGUCCAUCACCGAGGGCCCGAAGCAGUAUGGCAGAGUCAAUGUGAUGGAGAUUCCGCGCACUUGUGGACUUCUGACAUUCAAGGAGCUGGAAAUUACAGAGAAAUAUGACAUCCGAGCCCUCGUAUUGGCGAUGACUGAGGGUACACUCAAGGCCGAGGAUGUGGUACAGGGAUUCUGCAAAAGAGCAGCAAUUGCCCACCAACUUACGCGCUGUCUGACCGAGCCUCUGUUUGAUCGCGCAUUACACCGGGCGCGGGAACUGGACAACCACCUCCAACGCACAGGUCGCCCCGUCGGUCCCUUGCAUGGCCUCCCCGUCUCUGUGAAGGAUACUUUCAAUAUCAAGGGUGUGGAUUCAAGCAUCGGUCUCUCCGCACUGGCUUUUAAACCUGCAUCUGCAAACUCUCCACUGGUCGAUCUCCUCGAGAGUCUCGGCGCCAUCGUCAUCGCCAAGUCAAACGUUCCUCAAACGCUCGCGACGCUAGACAGCUGCAACCACCUCUUCGGACGGACACUCAAUCCACUAAAUCGUCAAUGGACGGCAGGUGGAAGUACAGGCGGCGAGGGCGUCCUCGUUGCAAUGCGCGGGACAAUGGUCGGGUUUGGCACGGAUAUCGGCGGUAGUAUCCGCGUGCCGGCCAUGUGCCAGGGUAUUUAUGGAUUCAAGCCGAGUAAUGGACGCGUUCCGUAUGGUGGACAGCAAAGUGGACAGCUUUCUGGGAAAGGCCGGAUGGCUUUGCAGGCUGUAGCUGGCCCACUUGCACGCUCGGUGGCAGAUUUGGGCGCUGUCAUGGCUGAAAUCUUGCCUCGCGCUGAGCUUUUUGACGAAGAUUGUAUUCCCGGGUAUUGGCCUACGCCUGCGUCUUCGGUGCCGGCCAUGCUGGCACUGCCACGUAACUUUACUAUUGGUAUCCUUAAGACCGAUGGUCUUGUUACCCCCUUGCCACCUGUGGCUCGUGUCAUCGAUGAAGUCGCCCAGCUCUUGCGCCAGACUCCCGGUGUCGAGGUUGUUGAUAUUACCACCCCUCCUGCAAUGAGCAAGUGCCAAGGAGUUGCUGGUCGACUUAUGGGUGUUGACGACGGGUCAAGUAUGAUGGAUCUCGUUGAGAGUAUGGGCGAGUCUUUGAUUCCCUGGCUGCAGGGUCGCUACGGACGUGGCAAGGCAUUGAAUGUCAACCAGCUAGCAGCUCUGCAUACUCAGCGCUCUCAAUUAGAGAAGGAGAUGUUAAAGAUGUGGACACUCGGUGUGUCGCGCGAAAGACGCGUGGAUGCUAUUGUUUGCCCCGUGGCACCCCAUCCGGUUCCCCAGAUGGACCGCUAUAAUGCUGUCGGGUAUACCUCAUCUUUUGUACUGCUUGAUUAUCCUGCUGGCACAGUACCGGUGCGUCGAUUUGUCGAGUCCGAUCUGGAUAUUGGACAGGAGAUGAACUCUCCAGAGCUGGGUAGCUGGGACAAGGCGAAUCGUAAAUUAUGGAAUGAGAAAACGACCGAUCGCCGGGUUUAUCUGGACUCGCCAUUGAGUGUGCAGGUCGUGACUCCAAAGCAACGUGACCAUGAGCUUUUCCAAGCGAUGGAAAUCAUCGACAGAGCAGUGCAGGGGCGCGCGGCCACUGCAAAGCUAUGA